AAGCGAGAAAAUAAAGGACAAAAACAUUCAAAUAUAUGAUCACACAGUUUCUGUAUUUAUACGUUACGAGUGGCUGACAGUAUCUCGCAGGAUGCCGCUGAGUUGGCCAGACUUUGUUGCCGAUGCAGUAUGCUUCGUGGAGAGAUCGGACAAAAUAAAUGACGGCUGGGAGUUGAUAUUUAAUCAUGGAUGCGAAGGUGGCAGGUUUAUUAAAAAAAACACGCGCUACAGGGUCGCAAGUGGCUCGAUUAAAAAGACAACAUCGCGAGAAGCAAGCGACGAGCAAUCCGAUGAUACUGAUUCGGAAUUGAGCGCUUCUGAGCUGGAGCUUACUGACGAAAGUGACUACGGGAUCAUAGAUGACAAUGAUGAAUUCGCUGUGAUGCCGCAAUCAGCCAAGAACACCUGGUUCGAUAUGGAAUAUCAUAUCGUAUACUCUCUUUCAUUCAAGGUGCCGGUUCUGUACCUGACCGGGCGCAAGAAGGAUGGCAAAUUGCUGCGCAGCGAUGACAUACUCGGAUGCCUACCUGCAUAUCAAGUCGCAACUUUUCGAAAUCUAUCGACACCUGUCGUAACGCAAGUGGAGCAUCCCCUUCUUGGGGUGCCGUAUCUGAUGGUACAUCCUUGCAGAACUGAGGACCUGAUGCAGAUAGUGCUCAGCGCAAAGAGCGAGUUCACUGACAGAGUGGUCUCCCGCACGAGGUCCGAUAUAUACCAAGCAUCUCGGACGUGCAUAGAAAACAAUGCCGCCUCAAGUGGACACAACUACAUUGUUUCUUGGUUAACAUUGGUCGGACCUAUAUUUGGCCUGAAAGUCGCCACUAAGUACUUAAAUUAUUAAAAUAACAAUGGCUCGUCUGAAAGACUCUGAAGUCAGGACUGUCACCAAAAC